GGUCAUCGUGUCCCUCACUCUUCACUCACUGCUUCAUCGGUUACAAGAAAGGGACUAGGGAUCACAAAGAUGGAAUCAGUAAGCCGUCGCUCAACCACAACAGAGGAUUACCAUCCACUCUCACCAGGAUCUGAAGCACACUGGGAAGUUGUGGAACGGAUUUUGUUUAUAUAUGCCAAGCUCAAUCCAGGACAGUCGUAUGUGCAAGGGAUGAACGAAAUUAUUGGGCCCAUUUACUACACAUUUGCCAGUGACCCCAAUGAAGGUUUUAGAGAAAUGGCUGAAGCUGACUGCUUCUGGUGCUUCAUCUCACUGAUGGGCGAGAUAAGGGACUUCUUCAUUCGCACACUGGAUGAGAGCGAAAGUGGCAUCGGUGCGAUGAUGAAUAGGCUAAUGGCUAACCUCAGGCAGCAUGACCACCAACUCUGGGACCGGCUGCGUGUCCAGGAGCUCAAGCCGCAGUUUUUCAGCUUCAGAUGGUUGACCCUUCUGUUGUCCCAGGAGUUUGACCUCCCAGACGUCAUACGGGUGUGGGACUCCCUCUUUGCUGACUCUAACCGCUUCAGUUACCUCAUCCAAGUGUGCACUGCGAUGAUGGUGACACAGCGAGAUGUUAUGAUGGAAAAUGAUUUUGCUGGUAAUAUGAAAAUACUACAGCAUUACCCUCCAGGCGAUAUCCAGGUGCUCCUGAGCAAAGCCACAGAGCUGGUGGAGAGCAAUGGUGAGGCAGGGAUUGGCACUGAGGCAUCAAGUUGACACUUCCAAUCUGCAUCUUACGAGGAACCCUACAGCAGCACUAGGGCUAUGAUUUAAGUGAAGUGAGAGUAGUUAUCUGAUUAAUUUCUUUUUAUUUGCUUAUUUUAAUUUUUUUUUGUCCUCUUUCUAAUAUUUUUUUUUGGGCCCAAAAAGUGAAAGGCCCAAAGAUGGUGUUGUGAGUAAGAUAAAAAGGGAAAUUUUUUCUAUAUUUGUAUACGUUUUUAUUACUAUUAAUGUUAUAUAUAUUUUUUUCUUUUGUAUUUGAAAAUUAUAUUUUAGAAGGGGACUGAUCAAUAUGGUCACAAAGAUAUAUUAAUUUGAGAAAGGGGUUUUCUUAAUUGGGUUACAUGAUCAGUGUUAAGUGAGAAGUUUGUCAUAUCAACAUUCACAUGCACACGCAUAUUUGCAUAAACAUUCAUGCCUGCAUGCACAUUCAUACCCCCCCCUUCCCCUCCCCCCCCCCACCCCCCCCCUAAGACAAAAUACCCCACAUACCCACCCACACCUACCCCCACCCCCAAACCCCCCACCCCCACCCCAAAAAACCCACACCCACACCCACCCCCCACCCACACAAAAACACAUGCACAGACAUAUGCUGCCCCUAAAUAAGAUUUGCCCAACCCUUUGUGAAAAAAGGGAUAAAAGCAGCUACUUAAAACCUUUUGGGCCCACGAAGUCUGAAAAGUGGGGGUAGGGGGUUAUUUAAGAUAUAACUUCUUUAUACAGCUCAAAAUAAGUUUCUUUAACAUGAAUGUUUUACAGAGUCAGACAUUGCAUGUCAGGAGGCUAAAAACAACCAUGAAAAAAAGACAUUGAUGAAAGAAAAAGAAAAAAAUUCACUUGAUUUCCUAGCACAAUUUUUAUGCAAAAUGUAUAAUAUAGGUGAUAAUAAUGAUAUAGAUUUCUGGUGUGGGUAAUAUAGUGACAGACACUGUACCCAUUAUAAAUUCACAAGAGAAUUCUUACUCGUGUCUUUCUGAACAAUUCAUUGUUUUUGUAAACCAUGAUGAAAGGGCCGUGGGUCAUGGCUCAAAAUGCAAGUGCGUAGGAGUGCGUAGAAUGUCUUCUUUAGGUGGAUGUCAUUUGUAAAUAGAAUGAUUUAUUUCAGACACAAACUGUGACAUAUACAUUAUAUACUAAUAAUUGUGAUAUUCAGGGAGUUUCUAGAUAGUUAUCUUUUAAGGGAUAUUAUGAGAAAUACCAAUCAUUACUGAAGCCUAGAAAAAAAAGAAAAAUAUCAAUCAAUCAAUAAAUUUCUAAAAGAUGAGCAAAAGGAAGGAAGAAAGAAAGAAAGAAUGAAAAAAAUAAACGGACCAACUGCAAUAAGAUGAUGUCACCAGUAUGACAAAAUAACUGAUUAUUGUAAUUUCAGCCAGAGUGAUAUACAUCAUCAGGCUUCAAGCUGAUUGCCAGCCUUUGCUUGUGUUUAACUUUAAACCAUAUUUUAAAACUUAAAAAAGUAUUUCCCAAUUUUAAUUUAAAGAGGCUGACUCCACCAUGGAUCAGACAGGGCUGUGAGUAAUGUAAUGAUAAGGGCAGUUUUGUGGGAGAUUAAAAACAUUUUUGUAACUGUAUGUGACAAAGGAUAUAUAAUAUAGAUGAAGUGCUGUGUGAUUUUUAUAUUUUAAUAUGUUUUUAUUUUUCAUAUAUUUAUUUAUUUGAUUUGAUUUUAUUCUGCUUUUUUGUAUGAUGUUUAGAACACUUGUUAUGUUACUGCACUAUGUUCCCUUCUGAUGAUUUUUUCCUUAGAUGUAAAGGGACAAUUUGGUUGAAAAUUUUGGG